UCACGGUGUACGCUGCUGAACAGUGCGGAGUGAGAGAGAGAGAGAGAGGCUCGCGCUCCCUGAAGGCUCUUCCCGCAGACUCGGCGCUCUUAUAUAGCGGCUAUUUUCGGUAGAGGGGGGGACGAGGCUCUACCUCCAUCCUGAACGCCGUUUCCUCCCGCAGCACAAUUGGUCCGGUGUUCGGCCGGGAGGAGGAACCGGGGGAGAAAACUCCGCGAGGCUCGCGCUCCUGAACACAGCUGCAUGGGACAGAGGACGGAGUGACACGAUACGCGUUGGCUCUCAGCCGCAAUUUCUUAUUAUUAUUGCUCGUUUCUGCUAUUUUUUUUCUCUUGUGUGAACUGAACUUCGACUUUUUGGAGGAAAAAUGGCUUUACCUGUAACCAUUCUACCCUCCAUUUCUACUUUCGCCAACCAGAAGGAGAAACUGUGGGAAAACAGAUGGAAAAUAGAGGCAGACAAGCCCCUAGCGCCCACGUGUGUCGCUUUCACCGGGAUACAAGCCGCGGACGUUUGCCGCGGUGCAAAGGACGACGAGGAUCUGAGCGAUUACUUGGAUCUGGAGUUUAUUCUGGCCAACACCAGCGGCCCCGACAGCACAGCUGUGGAGUACAGCUCCGCCACGGCGACAGUGGAGCCCUGCAGCUUGUACCAGCCUGUGCCCACGGAGCACUGCUCACCACCCCCACCCUACACCAGCAGCCUGAUGGCAGAGCUGCUGCGCUGUGAGGUGGACAGCACGUACGGCAUGGCCGGCAACCCAGUGGCCGUUCAGGGACGUUUUGUAGCCACCACUGCUGCUGCUGCAGGAAACACCACAGCUCCUGGAUUCCCCAGACAGGACUUUGUAGAUAACAUCAAAGUGGAGCCGUCCAUGGAUGGCUACGGACCGGUGAUGGGCAUGGUGCCCCAGAGCUGCCGGAGGGUCAAGCAGGAGGGAGACACGUCCUGCAUGAUGGCUUUCGAGCAGCCCAGACUGGCUGUUUCUCCACAGGGAGCCGGCAGCAUGACCCCGCCGCUCAGCCCGGACGACCGGGCUCACGGCCAGACCCGGCUGUGCCACAGCAUGUUUGCACAGAGCUAUUACCACCAACCUGCCUACACUCAGUGUGUGCCGCCGCCCUACACACAGGCACAGCACCACCACCAACACCACCACCAGCAGCAGCAGCAGCAACAACAGCAGCAGCAGCAGCAUCAGCAGCAGUUCAUUGGCUUUGAGGACAGUCUCAGCAGCCUGCAGAGGGGCCAAGCGCACGGUGCACUUCUCACACCCCCGUCCUCACCCCUCGAGCUGCUGGAGGCCAAGCCCAAGCGAGGGAGGCGCGCCUGGCCCAGGAAACGAGCCGCCACACACACCUGCACGUUCGCUGGCUGUGGCAAGACGUACACAAAGAGCUCCCAUCUCAAAGCACAUCACAGAACUCAUACCGGCGAGAAGCCUUACCACUGCAACUGGGAAGGCUGCGGCUGGAAGUUCGCCCGCUCCGACGAGCUGACCCGCCACUUCCGCAAGCACACAGGCCACCGGCCCUUCCAGUGCCACCUGUGCGAGCGCGCCUUCUCCAGGUCCGACCACCUGGCCCUGCACAUGAAGAGGCACAUGUGAGAAGAGACCAAAAAACAACAAAAAAAAUCCUGAAAACAACCGACCAAAAGAAGCAUCGCAUCAUUACUGCCUUAUUUAAGUACCCUGUAAAAGACCAAAAGACUGUUCUUUUUUUGUAUUAUUAUUAUUAAUAUUAUUUGAUAAAAGAUUUAUAUUGUUCUUAUCCUUUUUUGUAACAAUGUAGCUGGUACUACGGAUCCACAGAGCCGUUUUUUUAUUGUUCUCUUUUUUUUUCUAUUAAAACAAAAGCCAUAUGAACUGUUUUCGGGGCAAACACCAACCUGCAGGGCUGGUCCUAAAUAUAGCUAUGUUGAAACUGGAAAUAGUGUGGUGUGUAAGUUAUAAAAAAAAACAAAAGACAAAACAGUGCCUUUACAGUGACGGACAAGCUGCCAGAGACGUGCGCAAGCCUGACGACUAGCAAAUCCUGGAAAGCAGAAGAAAGUAGUGAAAAAAUAAAAAUAACCCCUACAGAGACUGUAUGUAUGAGUGAGUCUGUGUGUGUGUGUGUGUGUUUAUGCAUGCAUACGGGAGUAUGCACGGAGACAAUGUUUUGCUCAUAAAACUGCCACCAAAUCACCAAUGUUUUGUGCUUUCUUUUUCGAAAACGACCAGAACUGUAAUUUUGCAUUUUGUGAUACAUUCUCUCUCUCUUUCUCAGCCAUUGUUUUGUUUGAACUCUUGAACUUAUUGUAUCAUGGAGGUACAAUAAUACCUGUUCAGUCCCCAAUGUUGUACACUAGCACAUAUCUAUACCAGGGCUAGAUGUCCUGAGUUUCUUUUUUGUUUUUGGUUUUCUAAGUUUUCUGUACAGACGUUUUAUAUUGUAAGUACUGUAUUUAUUGUACAUAUUAAACUAAAUUUGAGUAUA